CAUACCACAUAUAAACGUCUAACGAUUUUCAUCCGCUCUGCAAAGACUCCCAAAUCACAGUUCUUCUUCCACACCCAAUUCAAUCCAGCACAGAGACCGAUGACCGGAGGAUCAGAGGGUGCUGAAACUAGUCUAUCUUGCAUUCAAUGUGGAAAACCUGCCCGCCUUCAGUGCCCCAAAUGCAUCGAGUUAAAGCUUUCUCGUGAAGGAGCUUCAUUCUGCACACAGGAUUGUUUUAAGGCCUCCUGGACCUCCCAUAAAGUAGUUCAUUUAAAGGCAAAAUUGUCCUCUCUCUCAACUGACACUUCAGGAGAAAAUAAUGGUUCCUCUACUGAUGGAUGGUUAUAUUGCUUGAGGAAAGGACAGUCUCGAACACCAAAACUUCCUCAUUUUGACUGGACCGGGACACUAAAGCCAUAUCCGAUCUCAAGUAAACGUGUGGUUCCUGGUCAUAUCGAGCAACCUGAUUGGGCUGUUGAUGGUAUCCCUAAAAUUGAACCCAACAGUGAUCUGCAGCGUGUGGUUGAGAUCAAGACUCCAGAACAAAUUGAACAAAUGAGAGAAACUUGCCGUAUAGCAAGGGAAGUUUUGGAUGCAGCUGCUCGCUUUAUUCAACCUGGUGUGACCACUGAUGAAAUUGAUGCUGUUGUCCAUGAAGCUACCAUUGCUGCUGGUGCAUAUCCGUCUCCUCUAAACUAUCAUUUUUUCCCCAAAUCAUGCUGCACGUCAGUUAAUGAAGUGAUCUGCCAUGGGAUUCCUGAUGCCAGAAAGCUAGAGGAUGGCGAUAUUGUAAAUGUUGAUGUCACAGUAUGUUAUAAGGGAGUCCAUGGCGAUCUUAAUGAAACUUUCUUUGUUGGUAAUGUUGACGAAACUUCUCAGCGGCUUGUUCAAUGUACAUAUGAAUGCUUGGAAAAAGCUAUAUCAAUAGUUAAACCCGGAACACGUUUUCGGGAAGUAGGAGAGGUCAUUAAUCGUCAUGCAACAAUGUCAGGGUUCUCUGUGGUGAAAUCAUAUUGUGGACAUGGUAUUGGAGAGCUGUUCCAUUGUGCACCAAAUAUUCCUCAUUAUGCCCGAAACAAAGCAGUUGGUAUAAUGAAGGCUGGCCAGACCUUUACCAUUGAACCCAUGAUCAACGCAGGUGUUUGGCGUGAUCGGAUGUGGCCUGAUGGAUGGACAGCUGUGACUGCAGAUGGAAAACGCAGUGCCCAGUUUGAACACACGAUGCUGGUGACUGAGACCGGAGUUGAAGUUCUCACAGCGCGGCUGCCUACGUCUCCUGCUGUGUUCCCUUGGUUGAAGUAGUUCCAGAAAGAAAAAAAGAUUGAAAUUUUGUCUUGAGAAAAAAAAAUUGUGCUUUUGAGUAGCAGCAUAAGAACCAGAAUUGAAGUUUAAGAUUGGCUUCUGGAAACAAAAGUUUUCACAUUUGUUGUUCUCUCUAUGUGGUGUUAUAUUUUGGACUGGUAAUGAUAAUAGCAUAAAUUGUUACUUUGAAA